AUGUUUGCGAAGCCAUUCGACUAUACAGAUGCGAUUGUGCUGUCCGAGAAGCAGAGUUCAGGAUUCCACUCACCCUUCUUCCGCAAAUCUGCCGGCUCGAGCAGCAGACAUCAUUUACAACUCCCUUCCUCGCAACGACUUUGGGAACUCUGGGAUCGGGAACUGGCCACAUUGGUCUACGUGUUGAGCUUAUUGCCACCCGCGUUCCUCACUCUGGAUGGCUUGCGAAAGCUGUCCCUCUCUCCAGAUGCAACUUACUGGACCGGAUUCUGGCUGUUGUUGGGGACUUUCUUCCGACUGUKCAAUGUUGUGUUCUCUACCCUGGAUACAGUCUGGCGAUUGCCAUACAUGCGAAAACGACCUAAUACCCGGAAACUCCGUCUAGAAGGCACCGAGGUUCCAACCGUGGAUAUCAUCAUCACUGCAUGUAAAGAAUCGAGAGACAUCAUUAUGGAUACCGUUCGCGCCGCUUGCGUGAUUGAUUACCCACGGACACGCUGUCGGAUCAUCAUUGCGGAUGAUGGAGCAGACUUUGAGUUGCGAGAGAUGGUGGAAAGUCUGCGAUCGGAAUACUCGAACCUCUACUAUUACUCCCGCAUCAAAGUUCCGGGUGCUGACCACAAGGCCAAAGCUGGUAACAUUAACAGCACCCUGGAAUGGACAGCUACUUUUGCAUGGGGAGCUUCGGAGUGGUUCGCCCUUCUGGAUUGCGAUAUGAUCCCCGAACGAGACUGGUUGCGAGCACUACUCGGUCACGCCACGAAAGAUGCUCGUGUCGGCAUGGCACUGCCUCCACAAGGAUUCUACAACAUCCCAACCAACGAUCCCCUCUUCCAAAGUACUGAGAUUCAAUUCGCCUUGGAAGACCCGCUGCGAGACUGCUUCAGUGGUGUUUGGUGUAGUGGCUCGGGCUUCCUUGCCCGAAGAGCUGCUAUCGACGACAUUGGCGGAUUUCCCGACUCAUCUCUUUGCGAGGACAUCCUCUGUAGCAUGAAACUUAAUGGCGCCGGAUGGAAAUCGAUCCUCGUCAAUGAGAAACUGCAAUGGGGACUGAUGCCAGAUUCGAUUGAGGCGCAUAUUGAACAACGACGGAGAUGGGCUGUCGGAACCAUCCAGAAUGCUCUGCAAUUGGGUUUCUGUCUCGACAAGCGUCGACUAUGGGGAUUCUCGCCAAUACAACGCUUCCAAGGCUUCGUUUAUUGCAUCGGACCCUUCUUCAACUAUGUGGUACGUCCGCUUGGUUUCGUCGUCCUACCCUGGUGUCUAGUGUUUGGAGACGCAGUCAUCCUGGCACCCACGACGGAAAUGCUCAAGAUUCAACUGGGAUGGAAUCUUGUCAAUCGGUCCCUCUACUUGUGCAGAGAGAUUUCCGAUUCGAAAGCCGUCUCUUUCCAUACGUUGCGCCAGAAAGCAGUUGGUGCAUUCUGGCUGGGACCCGUGAUCGCGGGAUCCAUCAUCUCCGAACUAUUCUCUGGAAAGAAGAGACGAGGAGGAAAAUUGAAGUUUGUAAGCUCAGGAAGCAUCGAUUCCCCGAUGGCGGAACGCGAUGUACAUGCUCGAGCUUCGCUUGGAUAUAGAUUGAAGACGGUACUUCUGGACGAGAGGUAUUUCUGCAACACGCUAGUGCUGCUGAAUGCCAUCUUGUGCUUCACGAUCCGCCUGCGCAUGGACAUGCAACAAUCUGGAUCCUCGACGCUAUUCUUGUUGAGGAGUUCGCUUUCCCCUGGAUUUGGCUGGGAAGAGUACUUUUCUUUUCUAAUACCUAUCUUAUAUGCGAUGAUGCCGCCCACGGUGCCCGAGAGACACAAAUUGAUGCAGCAGGAUGCUGCGACGGGUGUUUGGAGAGCAAAGGAGGGGAACAAGGGAGUGCGGUGGACCGGCAUGUCUCUGUUACAGGAGCUUCCUGCUUAUGCUAUCCUUKCAUGGUCUGGAAUAGCUUUGCUGAUUGUGAAGGCUUAG